AUGCACGCGCUACUCCUCGCUACCGUUAUCUGUCUUGGUCUCGUCGCCGGGAAGCCUUAUUCAGCAAGCAGCGUUGCUGUUCCGCAAUAUACCAAUAAAGUUCCCAUAUACUCAAACACUACCUACACGCUUUCGAGCUCUAGUAACGUACAGCCGACCAACGACAAGCCAUCGACGACCACUUCAUCGUAUACUCGUCAACCCAACAACACCUCUUCUUACCCCAUCGUUCCUACCUAUACUUCUGCACCCACCCCAACCCCGCCCACAAACGCUACACUCAGAAAUCUUUUCUACAACCCUGGCUUCGAGGACAAUGGGGGAUCGCUGUCGCCCUGGAACGUGUCCACGGAUGGUAACGCGACCGUCCGAAUCACCCGGCCCGGUAGCAACUCUGCAAACGCUGCGGUCAUCUCGGGGGAUGAUAACAACCAAACAACGUCGGAUUUCUUUUUCACUAUGGGCAAGAUGUCGCAGACCUUCGAUACACUCCCCCACGAUCCUCUUAACCCCACAAGAAGUUAUGACUUUUCGUACGAGUACAAGUACUUUGCGAAGGGAAAUUGCCAACUUCAGAGCCAUAUAAGAACUGAAGCUAGUGGGAUAGAGUUAUAUUACACAAUUCAAGUGAUAGAGCGAUCAUACGAUUCUGGUCCCGGGUAUGUUACAUUCAGCGAAAGGUUUACGACCAGUUUUAACCUUCGCGGUUUUGAACUUUUCGUCGGGUGUAUAGGCGGCUCCUUCAGAUUAGAACUGGAUAACUUUUCCGCCUUAGCACUUUAG